AUCUUCUUUUACUAUCCACUGUAGCAGUGCAAAUGCCAAACAAUGCUGGCUUGUAACCAGAGCUUGACACGAGCCUGACUGAUGAUGUGUGAUUGUGGACAUUUGACAUGAUUGGUUCGGAAAUUCCAGGCCCGCUUGGAUGUUCUAGAUCAUAUAUACAUUUUCUGUGUGCUCUUUUUAAGCGAUGAUUUAUUGUUGCCAGGCUCGCCGGACUUCUUGGAAGGGUAAAUUGUGAUGAAUCAUGUCCCAGUGUCAUGCACCUGUAGCUCAAUCAAGUGGUUGCUAAAGAAUGGACUCCAGGCUGGCCUUUAUGUUCUGAGUGGUAUUUUUUUAUAUGAAAAAAAAAAUUAAAAGGGUGGCAAGGACCAUUUACGAAGUCAGCGGGUUAGCACUGACACACAUCACCUCUUACCUAUAUAUAGUCUCCAAUUCACACGCCAACCUAAUGACGACAAGCGGUACAGAGAAUAGAUGAAUGCCUAUGUUUGUAUGAGAAUGUUAAUUUUCUAAUUUUUUAUCUCUUACUGUGGAACCCUUGUAUAAUUUUUUUGUGCAAAACUGAACACAACGGAAAUAAUAUCUUUCCAGUGAUUGUGGGAGACAUUUUGUACCGGCAGCCCUGCACUAAUUGCUUCAGGUGUGCAGUUGAUUGUGCAAAUGGCUGCAAGAAGCUGCGGGGCGACCUCCCUACGCUGCGAACGUCAGCCCGCAUCUUGAACGCGCCACUUUUUUGGGGUGGGCAGGGGGGACGUUUCGCUACUAAAAUGUCUUCGUGAGGGAAAAACAUGAACGCCUCACUUAACUUCUCCAGCGUGGACUUUGACGCGCAAAGGAUGGCGCAGCUUCACCACCGUUCCGUCAAGGUGAGCGUCAUCAUCGUUCUGGGGGCGAUGAUCACUUUGGGGAACAUCGCGGUCCUCCUGGUGAUCACGUCCUCCGUGGCCGGCUGGUCGAGGAGCUCCCGCUACUUCCUGCUCUCCCUGACGGCCGCGGACUCCGCCUUCGGGCUGCUUGUCAUGCCCUUGAACCUGUGGGUGAGUCUCCUCAAGGACUACACGGACGGGCCCGACCAGCUGUGUCACCUGGUGGCCUUUUGCAACGCUACCGUGUACUCCACGUGCAUGUACACGCUGGCCGCUAUCAGCUUGGAGAGGUACAUCGCGGUGCUCUACCCCCUCAAAUACUCGUCCAUGAUGACCAGGAGGCGGACUUUGCUCCUGAUCGCCUUCUCCUGGUGCUUCCCACCCUGCCUCCUGGCGCCGAUAUGCUUCCCGGAUGGCAUCAUCCAGGUCCACUUCUCCACCGCCUCGCUGGUGUGCAACCCGUCCUACUCCAGCAACGUGGGUUAUUCUCUGAGUUUGGCCUCUUUCAUCUUCUUCCCGUGCUCCGCCGUCAUGGCUUACGCCAACGUGAGAGUGUGGUGCGCCGCCCGGAGACAGAGCCGCAAAUUGCGCCAGUUCGAGCGCGCGCACCGGAGGAGACACAACGUGGCCUCCAGGGUGCUGGUGCCCGUCAUGGCUGCUUACUUCACUUGCUGGACGCCGUGCAUGGCAGCUAUGAUCUACAACGCCCUGUCGGGUAGCUCCGUUCCAGAGUGGGUCGAAUUUGUGGUGGUUUGGCUGCCGACGUCCAACGGUUUCCUCAACUGCAUCUUCUACUUUUGGAUCAACAAAAGCUUCCGACAGAAAUUCCACCUGAUCGCGCAUAGACUAGCUCACGCCCUCUGCCCGCCACUGCUCAACACUCUCGGAUGCUGCAGACCAUCCGUGAUUCCGUUUGGCUCAGGCUUCCUGGAUGACAAUCGAGUCCAUGAGCGCUCAUCCAGCGUUUCCUCCACCUGCACGCUAAUGACCUUAGCCUAGCAGCUCUGAGAAGUGCCAUACAGGCAUGGCAGAGGACUUGUGUUUUUAUGACUGAAGCUACUUCACUGGUUAAUGCAUUCAAAGUGGACUUGAGUUGAGAUAUAAAUGGCUCGCACUAG